CAUUAUGGGAUUUUACACUAUCGAGAUGGAGAUGCCAUCUUGCGGUCAGCGGUUGUUUGAGUCUUUAAAGCUUAUUUUGUAUUUUCAGUAGUGGAUAUUUUUUAUUAUUCCUGUGUGCAACUUAAUGGAUACAAUAUUACGAGUGAAUCGUGGAUGAGGAGCCGUUAAAGGUUUCAAAACGGCUCGUUACAGAUAAUAUUGGCUGAGCACCCCCUCCGAAGUCAAAACAUGGCGUGCUGCCUUUCGGAAGAGGCGAAGGAGCAGAAGAGAAUUAAUCAAGAAAUAGAACGACAACUUCGGAGGGACAAGCGGGAUGCACGGCGUGAACUCAAAUUACUUUUAUUGGGUACUGGUGAAUCGGGUAAAUCAACAUUCAUUAAGCAGAUGAGAAUUAUUCAUGGGUCUGGUUACACCGAUGAAGACAAGCGGGGCUUCAUCAAGUUGGUGUACCAGAAUAUAUUCAUGGCAAUGCAGAGCAUGAUACGAGCAAUGGACCUCCUCAAAAUUCAGUACGCAGAAUCGUCGAACAUUGAAAAGGCAGAAUUAGUCCGCGGUGUGGACUUCGAAACAGUAACGACGUUUGACAGUCCUUACGUGGAAGCAAUCAAGGACUUGUGGGCGGACGGUGGCAUCCAGGAAUGUUAUGACCGAAGACGAGAGUAUCAGUUGACUGAUUCGGCUAAAUACUAUUUAAUGGAGAUUGAUCGUGUAGCCGACCCCAAUUACCUUCCAACUGAGCAAGAUAUUUUACGUGUCAGGGUUCCAACAACUGGUAUUAUAGAAUACCCGUUUGAUUUGGAAGAGAUAAGAUUUAGCUAUCUUAGUGAUCUCGAGCGAAUAGAGAAGCCGGAGUAUUUGCCGACAGAGCAAGAUAUUCUGAGAGCCAGGGCGCCGACUACUGGCAUUAUAGAAUACCCUUUUGAUUUGGACUCCAUCAUAUUUAGGAUGGUGGAUGUUGGAGGGCAGCGGUCCGAAAGACGAAAAUGGAUUCAUUGUUUCGAAAAUGUUACUUCCAUUAUAUUUUUAGUAGCGCUAAGUGAAUAUGACCAGAUUCUUUUUGAAUCCGAAAAUGAGAAUCGUAUGGAAGAGAGUAAAGCCUUAUUCAGAACAAUCAUCACAUAUCCAUGGUUUCAACAUUCGUCAGUUAUUCUCUUCUUGAACAAAAAGGAUCUUUUGGAGGAGAAGAUCAUGUAUUCUCAUCUGGUAGACUAUUUUCCAGAAUACGAUGGUCCCCAGAGAGACGCCAUAGCUGCCAGAGAGUUCAUCCUGAGAAUGUUUGUGGAUCUGAACCCCGACAGUGAGAAAAUUAUCUACUCACACUUCACGUGUGCCACAGAUACUGAAAACAUAAGGUUUGUAUUUGCUGCUGUUAAGGACACCAUCUUACAGUCGAACCUGAAAGAGUACAACCUGGUGUAAGCACCCGCUGAGCGGUGCCAGCGUGCUCCAGAAGAGCUGCUUCCUAAGUCAUCGAAGAAAAAGCAUUUUGUGAAAACUUGCUAUUUCAUCUUUGCAGCCGAUAAAAAUUUUUUUUUUGUUGCAAGAAGAAGGUGUGGAUCAUUGUUUAGUUAGUUUGUGCAGUCUAUAAAAGGAUUCUACGUGAUUCCCGCUCGCAGUGGUGCCGGUGAGGAGUCCAGUGUGUGCUUCUGGGGAAGAAACUGGCUUCCGUGCGACUCGGUGGCUAAGGACGUGCAACUUGAAUGCAGGGGAAGCUUUACGGAGGCAAAGAAACACCAUCGUUGAAGUUUACAUAAAAUGAUAUAAUUGAAAGUUGAACUCUUAGUGAACAUUUCCUACUAUGCCAUGUUGAUACAUUUUUUUAAGGGAAAAAAAAAUAUUAACACCAUUACAAUAAAUGGCAACUCAGACAAAGGAGCAAUUUGUUGUGGACUUUCAUUAUUGUGCUUAGAGACGUACAUAGAACUUGUAGAAAUUUUCACAAAUGUUCCACAUUGGUUACGAAAUAUGUAUAAUGGCUUUUUUUAAAAAAAAAAUUCAUCAGAAAUACGUAGGUUACAAUAAACUAGUUCUGACCAAGAAUAAAGAUGGUAAAAUUUAUUCAUGCUUAUGUAAGUUCACUUAUAACAAACUUUGUGAUUAUCGCUAUGCCAGUAUCGUGAUGAGAUUGCUACAGUUGGUAGCAUGUGUGCCAGAACUGCAUGAAUAUGUUUUUGCAAUUUUAUCUAGAGAUGUUCUUAUAUUAUUUAUAUUGCUUAAUUGUUACAUUUCACAGCAUUGUGUGUGUUAAUGUACAUAUAUAGGAUUCACAUUGAUCUAUUUAAAAGAAUAACUGACAUGAGAGGGGAAAACAUUUAAAAAAAUUGACCAAUAAUCUGUAUGAAAGUUUUUGAAUUUUUGGAAUGUGGUUGGAGUUAAAUAUUGAAACAGUUUAAGUAUUGUUAUUGGCUUCUGUGAUUGUUUUAGUGACAAACAAAAUUAAUUGCUGCAUGUGAUGAUCAUUCAAUAUUGCUUGAAUAUAAUCUGGUAUCAAAUAAUUUGCAGCUUGAAUAUGUGUGCAACACUAAUGGGCUGCUAUUGCCUAACUCCAGAAUUCAUAAGAGGUGCCGACUUGGUUUGCAAUAAAUAGUAUUUUGAUUGGCUGCAAAUAAGCAUGUGUCUUUAAAGAUGUGUGCUUUACCAUGUUUGACUGUAAAGUUCAUUUCAAAUAAAAAUAAAUUUAGUUCAGGUAGAAUUUGCAAUUCAUGUUAAGUUUUUAAUUUAAAUUGUUGAAAGUACCAUUUAUUUUAAUUAAAUAUUUUUAGUUGAGAUGUGCAAUAAGUAUCAUUAAGUUGAAAUAUUUUGAUUUUGUCUUUUUUACUAUUGAGUGGUAAAUGUUACUAUUUAUGCUAACUAAUAUCUAUGGUAUAGAUAAGCAUAAUUUUACGUGACGUGUCUCAUCACCGUCAUAAGACUUCAAAUUUCCAAGCUUUAUGUAGUUCUUGUACAAAUUGUUUUAAUGUAUAUUUUUAUUUGGUUAUGUAUGAUCAUUUAAUGAAGCAAAACAAGAUUGUCUCUUUAUUUCUGUAUGUAUAUAUUUUUUACGUGUUAUGUGCAUGCAUUAUUUAAAUUUACAAUAUAUUUAUCAAGAAAUGUUGUAUUGCUAUUUUGUGAUAACAACAUGAGUAACUAUGAAUUGUGUGGUAAGCAAGUAUUACAUAUAUUUCUACUAGUCAAGAAAAUGGAAUGAAAUUAGUGUAUUAAAUUGGAUAGGUGAUAGGCAGUAUUGUUUUUAAAAUGGAUAGUGUUGUCAAAAAACUGUGUGAGGAAGAACAAUUUUCUUGUACAUGAUACAGGUUUUUAUAAAAAUCUUUUGGCCCAUGCUUUCAGUAAACUACCGUGCAGACUAUAAAAUCACAUUAAACAUGAUACAGUUGUCUCUUGUAUCAAAUUACAUUAUUGAAGUGAAGUGUCACCAAAAAAAAAAUUAAUUUUGCAUUUUAGAGUCGAUGUUAAUUAUGGAUAGUGGACAGUAGUUUUACGAAAUCAUCACAAAUAUCCUCAUAAAAAUUAAUGCAUUUUCACAGUUCGGUAAACAUGACAACAUGACCACAGUGCCAACAAUAUGCUAGCUCUCAACAGUUUCUGUGUUAGUUCGGCUCUGCCGCUCUGUUGGCAGCAAUUGUUUUUCUUGGAAUAGCAAGUGAGUAGUGGGUGGGGGCAUGUGUGAACGGCUUUGUGCCAUGAGGCACAUUUUUGUGUAUCUUUUUGCUUGCUCACAGAAUCUAUAGUGGGUGAGGUAAUUUUCUUGGAAAAAGUUGUCAUUCAUUUUGCCAGUUUAAGCCUAAUAUGUGUUGGGUCGUAAUGUAUGGAGUGCAAUAUAUUUUCAGGUUUAAACACUAAUUUUUCAUUGGCACACAGUAUUUUUAUAGUAUGUAUUUCCAUUCUUGUAGUACAUACAUACUAAUAAAAACAAAAUUUGGAAAGUAUGUGUUAGUGUAUUGAAAUCAAGACUGCUAUCCAAGUCGCUGCAUUUGGUUCCUGUUGGAGGGGUUAUCGAUACAUGAAAACCACAGGCAUGGUUUGACAUGCAAACAUUCAGCUGAAAUAGAUAGUGAUGUUCACUGUUAUCAGCAUGUUUAUUCUGAUGGUUUGGAUUGCAAUGCACUGUCAAUUGUUAAUUUUCUCUCUUGGCCUUAACUGAAUGUAUAAGAAAAUAAUUUCCUUCUGUAAAUUUUUUUAUUUACUGUACUUAUAAAAAUGUUUUAUACCUCUGGAAAAAUGUUUGCUGGUGACCAUCAGAUACACUGCAAAACCUGAUUGAGUAUUGAAUCUUUGUGCAAACCAUGUUCAGGAAAGUGCAUGCAUUAUUAAGGCUAAUAUUUAUAAUUGUUUUGGUAGCUACCCCAUAAUAGCUUCCUGAAUGAGAGAAUAUGAUUGUGUAUCUAACUUGGAAACAGACUGUGGAUCAUGAAAUAAUUUUGUGAGUUUCUCUGUUUCGCAAGGUUUGUUUUCAUUACUACUUGUUGUCUGGGUUUUAUGUGAGGCUAAAAAUAUUCCUUUUCUGUCUGCUGUUUGCUAGGGACAGCUACAAAACCACUAUGAAAGACAAGUAGUAAGUGUGACUUCAAAAAUUGUUUAUGCAUUGUUGUCGCCCCCACCUGCCUUGUGCAAAUUUCUCUCAUUAAAGUAGUUUUCAACAACUAUGUUAAAAACACUACCCCCAUAUUUGAUUUCAAAUGUUCAGUUCUGAUAUUUUCUGUUAGCUAACUAAACACAAAUACUUCUGUAGUGCGAGCCAAACUCUUGUGAGCUAUGCUCUAUAAUAAGAUGUAAAAGCAGAACCAAAUAGUGCCCGGUUACACAUCAACUUAAAAAAAACAUCAACUAUCGUUAUGUGACUGGUGCAUGUAUUUACGUACCUCUCGCUUAGCACUACCUGUUCAACAUAAUUUGAACGGAUAUAACACUCAAAAUAUGCAGCACCCAAGGAUAUAUUUUAACCUCCUUGACCGUACUCCACUGAUACGUAGUCCCCUCCCUGCUUCCAUUUCCAAUCUGCUUACCGCUCAUGUUGCUCACUCCCGCGCUGACCACUCACAAGACUUUGGCCGGCACUGUAGUUGGCUUUGUGCCUAGUAUCCGACAGUGAUUUCAGACAGGAAUAAACACUCGCUCUGCUGCUCCAUACAUACUGCUAUAAGCCUGCAACAGCAGUCAUGAUUUGACCUGAUAUUUUACAGUCCUGUCAGAAACUUCUUGAUCAGGUUUUACUGUUUGGUUACAAAUUGCUUAUGUAAUUUUUUUUUUUUUUCCUUCGCUCUAGUUGAUAUCUGAUUUUAAUUAUGGUGUUCUCCAAGUUUGAAAUUCAUGGAAACAUUAUAAAAUGAUGAAAUAUUAAUUGAUUUUAAAGUGGUUGAACACAAAUCUUGUUUUCUACCAAAACAAUAUGCAUGCAGACUGACUGUGUCAUGCAUCCGAUUGACAAGUAGUGAUUAUGAACACCAGCCUAUAACCACGGUAAAAUAUGUUAUGUGGUCCACAUGUCGCAAAAGAGUGGUGGACAUGGAAAAAAAAUCUAUCGUAGUGCCAUUGCCAUAGGCAUGCAGUAGUUUUACCAUAUUUUUGUUAAAGCACACUUUCAAAUUUGAAACACUUGUUUGUAUUUAUUUAUCUGAAAGGGCAUUGAGACCAUUUAUGUGAAUAAUGAUGUAUUCCACAAAGUCAAAGCUGUUAAUGCAAAUAUUUUAAGGAUGGUUAACUUUUUUUUUUUUCGUUACCAUGCAUGAUGUUUUUAUGUCUUAACAUCUCAUAGUUCAUAUUGAAACUAUUUGGUCUUUGCAAUCUGUUGCUGUUUGUAUGGGAAGCACACUCAGUAGUAGAUAACUUGAUAGGCUUUGUCAUAUACAGUUAGAAUUGCCUCAGACACAUUGAUUGAAUAACUAACUUAAUAGAACCUAAGAAAAGUGUCUCACUAAAAACAUUCUAGGUUGGCUGGUUUCUUGAGGAAAAAAAUAAUUAUGAAAUGGAAAUAUAUUAUGCUGAUUCAUUUAUUGUGUGUGCAAUUUGUUUACAUAUAAUACAUACAUGUGUGUCAGUGAAUAUUUGCAUAUAUGCGUGACGUUUUGUCUUCUGAGUGACGUACGUGUUGUGUGCAUGUGCGCGUGCACUCGAAUAGUUCAUUUGUAAAUCAUUUAUUGUCAAAAAUAUAACAAAAAUUUCUGGA